AUGUCUAGUUGGUUUACUAACAAAUUGACCGAGUGUUCGGGGCCAUAUUUAUCGACAGAAGACUUACUUAAGCUGCGUGGCGAAUGUAGUUCUGCUUUUGAGCGGAAUUAUGGUUUGAAGCUAUGGAAGAAUGGACUUCCAAGUGAAUUAGGUUCGCUGAAUCGUACUACACGAGAAUGGUUAUCUAUGGCACUAAAAUCAAAAUCUGGGCAAGAUUACAUGUGUGCGAUGGCUUACUUAGUGAACUCUUAUCCGCUGUACGCUAUUCGAUUUCUUGAUAAUUUAUUGUCGUUUGUCUCGCCAUCGAAAAAGCGAGAUUGCUUCAAAUCUCUGGAUAUACUAAGCCACCUCUUUUGUAGCUUGAUACCGAAAAAUCGUUCUUUGAUUUCUGUCGCAAACCGACCUUCACACGUGCUAGAAAAAGUAGAUACUCCCUCUUCGAAGGAAAAUAUUCUUUGCUUGUGGCAUUUUGAAGAUGAACUGAAGGCGGUGUAUUUGCGGUUUAUCAAAGCUUCGGAGAAACUUUUGUUAAGUGACUGUGUAGAUAAUUUCAAACGCAAAGCGUUAGGGAUUCUUGGUAGCCUUGUUCAAAAACAAGAGAAUCAAACGUUAAUAUUAAACAUAAUAAUUAAUAAACUCGGUGAUCGUAGUAAGGAGUUUGCAUCUGCAGUGAUACAUAAGUUACGUCUAAUUGCUGGAAUUUCCAGUGAUUUUCUGCAUUUAGUUGUUCAAGAGGUUCGAUCUUUCUUGUUCCGUCCUAAUUUGUUGGAAAGAUCAAAAUACUACGCUAUUUCACUUCUAAGUUGUUUGGAGCUGAAGAGUUCAUCCCGUGGAAGCGGUACCGAUACAAAUAUAUCGUCUGUGGCAUCAACAUUGAUCAAGAUAUACAUGUCGUUUUUCCGUUCCUUAGCUAAUUCCAAAGAAAUCCCCGAACGCCUUACCACUAUAUUACUUAGCGGUUUAUGUCGAGUAGCUCCUUUUAUUUCUGAGGAGGCAUUUACAUCUAUGUUAAGUGACGUUGAUGAUCUGUUUCGGCUUGUUCAUACCACUGGCUUCACUGUGUCUGUUCAAGCUUUGUCCGUACUUUUUCAAAUUUCAACUCAUUGUGUCGCCAUACGUGAUCGUUAUUAUCAGGCUUUAUAUAGAAAAUUACUGGAUCCUGCUAUUCAUCAAAGUUCUAAAAACCCAAUUCUACUACGUUUAAUCUAUCAAAGUAUGGUUGGUGAUGAUGAUACUGAUCGAAUUGUUGCAUUUAUUCACAGAAUCUUGCAAUUAUGUAUUUCGCAUACAGAUCCUGGUUUUAUUGUUGGUUGCUUGAUUUUAAUUAAUAAGGUAUCAUUAUCCAAACCAAAUGUUAUAAUGGUUUCUCAAAUAAAUAAAGAACAUUUACCAGUUAAUGAAGUGACGAGUUUGGCAAAAUUCGAACAGUCCGAUGAUGAUGAUGAGGAUGAGCAUUUCAGUGAUGCACAUUGUUCUGAUGAUGAUAAUCAUAAUGAUGAAAGUGUACAGAAUGGUGUAAUGACUAAUAAAACGACUGAAUCAGAAAAAUCUACAGUCAUAGAUGAUAAGAGUAAUGUAUUAUUAACAUCAUCAUGGUAUCAUCGUUCUUUAAAAAAGCAACGGAACACCCGAAACAUAUUUAAUUAUGGUUAUAAUCCAACUGUACGAGAUCCAAAAUUUGCACAGGCUACUGGAUGUUUACUUUGGCCACUUAGUCUCCUGUCAAAACAUAUUCAUCCUACAAUUAAUUUAUUUGCCAAUUCAUUAUUAAAUAAUUUACCAAUACAGUACACUGGAGAUCCAUUUACGGAUUUUGGAUUAAUGCAUUUUCUGGAUCGAUUCGCAUAUAAGAAACCAAAGUUGAAUAAAUUAAAAGAAACAAAGUCAACUACUGAAGAACCUAUUCAGAAAACUGCCCCUGGAAAGUUCUUAAAACGAAAAGAAGGUUCUUUGUCAGGUCCACAAGCAAUGGCUGUUGAUAGUUCGGCAUUCCGACAACUUCCAAUAACUAGUGUUCCUGUUCAUGAACGAUUUUUCCAUAAUUAUUUUAAAUUUUUGGAGACCCAACCAGGUCACAUUAAAAAAACUGAAAAGAAACCAAAAGAUUAUGAUGAAAAUGGAAGUGACAGUGAUUCAGUUGCUGAUUCUGAAUUCGAUGUUUAUUUAGCAAAACAUGAAAAAGAUUUGUUUCCUCCGAAUGAAGAAUGGGAAAAUGAUGCUGAACCAGAAUUUAGUGAUCAAGACUUCAUGGAUAAUUCAGCAGAUGAAGAUGAUACAAAUGAAUAUGACUUUUCAGAAAUGGAUAAUAUCAAUUUGUCAGCUAAUUCAAAGUCUAAGAAAAUGAAAAAACCAACUGAAUCGAAAUGCAAAUAUCACAAAUUUGAAGAUGACGAUGAAAGAGCGGUUAAUGAUGAUGAAAAUUCUGAAGACGAUAGUGAUGAGGAAGACGACGAUGAUGAUUAUAUUCCUGAUAAACCAGGUCAAUUCAAUUUAAAUAAUUUAUUCGCAAGUGCUGAAGAAGUUGGCCAUUUAUAUGAUGUACAAGAAACUGCAAAAGAAAAACGACAACGAUUUUGGGAACAAAAACGUUUAUAUUCACAGAGUAGUAAUAAUAAUCAUAAACGCCGCCAAUAUCGUGAAAAAGGAGUUCCGAAAAGAACUAGACUAGAAAAUCGUGAUCAUCAUCAUCAAUCGUCUAAUCAAGGAAAAAGAAAACUUAAGAAUCAAAAUAAAUCAAAACGACCACGUCGUCAUUCAUAA